CCUGCAUGACAGUCCCUCCGGGAGUCAGAGAGCGCCAGCAACCUCUGAGGGGAGAGGUAUACGGUGUACCACCAGGGCCACCCUGCAUGACACUCCCUCCGGGAGUAAGAGAGCGCCAGCAACCUCUGAGGGGAGGGGUAUACGGUGUACCACCAGGGCCACCCUGCAUGACACUCCCUCCGGGAGUCAGAGAGCGCCAGCAACCUCUGAGGGGAGAGGUAUACGGUGUACCACCAGGGCCACCCUGCAUGACACUCCCUCCGGGAGUCAGAGAGCGCCAGCAACCUCUGAGGGGAGGGGUAUACGGUGUACCACCAAGGCCACCCUGCAUGACACUCCCCUGGGGAGGCAGAGAGCGCCAGCAACCUCCGAGGGGAGGGGUAUACGGUGUACCACCAAGGCCACCCUGCAUGACACUCCCUCCGGGAGUCAGAGAGCGCCAGCAACCUCUAAGGGGAGGGGUAUACGGUGUACCACCAGGGCCACCCUGCAGGCCACUCCCUCCGGGAGCCACAGAGCGCCAGCAACCUCUAAGUGGAGGGGUAUACGGUGUACCACCAGGGCCACCCUACAGGUCACUCCCUCCGGUAGCCAGAGAACGCCAGCAACCUCUAGAAGGCGGAGUACACGAUGUACCACCAGGGCCACCCUGCAGGUCACUCCCUCCGGUAGCCAGAGAGCGCCAGCUACCUCUAGAAGGCGGAGUACACGAUGUACCACCAGGGCCACCCUGCAGGCCACUCCCUCCGGUAGCCAGAGAGCGCCAGCAACCUCUAAGUGGAGGGGUAUACGGUGUACCACCAGGUCCACCAUGCAGGACACUCCCUCCGGGAGCCAUAGUGCCCCAACCAUUGGCGGAUCCAGGGAGUGUUGUUUGGGGAAUGCAACCUCCCACACACUUUUAUAACCCUAUUUAAGAAUGAAGAGUCGAUGGCCAUCCAGAAGACUUUUUACGCUUCAAUAGAGAGAGGGAGAGGUGGCGAGUUAUGAAAUGAACGCCUACAAAUCAACUCUUUGAAAUAGUUUGUAAUAGUUUUACCUUGGUCAUUCAACUCUUUUGUUGCUGAAUGAAAUUGUGUAAUAAUGCUUUUUUAAAUAAUAAGUAACGACAGUGUUAGUAGUUAGUAGAACUAUUUUUAAAUAUUUGAUUUCAU